AUGAAUGCACAGAGUUCACGUGGCCACACCGUCUUCAAGCUGAACAUGGUCAGAGAGGGUGGCAGCGACAAUCUGUCCACCACUUCUGAGGUUUGCUUUGCAGACCUCGCUGGUCGGGAAAAUGAGAAGACGACGCAGGUCACCGGCGAGAGGUUCGUGGAGCUGAGCUUCAUUAACAAGAGCCUGCUGUACCUGUCCGGCUGCAUCCAGAGCUUGGGGCAGCAAACCCACCGCCGGCGCCUUCAAACUGACCAUGGUUCUGGCACUCCGAAGUCGAAGGGCGUGGACAUGUCAAAGUUCCGCAACUCCAAGCUGACACUGCUCCUCUCGAACGCGCUGUCGGGAAAUUCGAGGACAUCGAUGAUUGGAACGUUGAGUCCGGCCGCAGCUCACUUCGAGGAGAGUCACAACACGCUCAGGUUUGCAUCGACAGUGAAGACCAUCAAGGUGCAGGCCAAAGCAGCACGAGCAGUGGACAAGGACUACAGACAGCUGUCAUUUGCUGAUGCCGAGGAUAGGUCCAAGCCUGGCCCUGAAACGUACAAUGCCGUGAAGUGGGCAUUGGAAAUGGGAUAUCGUUUGGUGGAUACUGCGGCCUUGUAUCGCAACGAAAAGAGUGUGGGCGAGGCCAUCAGGGAUUCCGGACUCUCCAGAGAAGAUGUUUGGAUCACUACCAAGCUUUGGGACAGUGAUCAUGGAUACGAGGCCACUCUGAAAGCAUGCCAGAACAGCCUACAUCAGCUUGGACUGUCAUACAUUGACUUGUACUUGAUCCACUCCCCAAACACCGGUAAGUUGGUCGAGACCUGGGAUGCGAUGAUCGAACUUCAGCGCCGCGGCGUGGUGAGGUCAAUUGGCGUUUCGAACUUCGGAGUUCCGCAUUUGGAAGCGCUGCGAUCCUCGGGCCGGCAGUUGCCCGUUGUUAAUCAGAUCGAAAUGCACCCGAUGGUUUACCAAGAGCGAAAGCCCGUGCUGGAGUUUUGCGCAGCUCACGGCAUCAAAAUCACAGCUUAUGGCUCAAUGUUUUCUGGUCAGCAAGAACAGCUGGAAAGGAAAGAGGUGGCACAGGUUCUUGCGGCCCACCCCAGUAAGACGCCGGCGCAAGUCUUGCUGCGAUGGGGCCUGCAGAUGGACUUCCAAGUGAUACCAAAGAGUGUUCGCCGGGAGCGUCUCGAGGAGAACAUGAAUCUGAUGGACUUCGAGCUCACGCCCGGCGAGAUGGAAUCGCUAAGUGCGAUGCGUGGAGCCUUGCACGAGUACUGGAACCCGUUGAAGAGCAAGGUUGACCUGGGACGGACGGAUCGGGGGACGGCGGAAUCUUGA